UUGAUCUCCUCAGUGAAGAAUGAGCAUACUGCGUACCUUUUAUUCUGUGACUCCAACUACAUUAUUGUGAAUUAACUUCAAAACUCUUAAAACAUGAGAACACCUGCCAGACAGACCACUGAAGGGAAGAAUUCUUUUCAUGUUUUAUAACCAUCUCUGGUUACAUUUCUUGACUUAAGGAGAAGCCAGCUGUUUUGCACAUAGUGGUGCAGUGUUUUGGCUUCACCAUGCGUUCCUGCCGAUCCUUCGAUGUCCGGGUCCUGGUGACUAUUGUGUGUGGUUUGCUGACGGGCAUUGUUUUGGGACUGGGCAUCUGGAGGAUGGUCGUAAGGAUCAACAGAGGGUCAUCUGUUUCUGUGUCAAGCACUCCUGUACAGUUCUGCAGGAAUGGUGGAACCUGGCAAAAUGGCAGAUGCAUUUGUACUGAAGAGUGGAGAGGACUCAGAUGUACAAUCGCUAAUUUCUGUGAAAAUAGUACCUUCAUGAACUUCACCUUCGGCAAAAUCCCAGUGGGCAGAUAUGGACCUUCUUUUCAAAUAUGUGGACCAAACACUGUAAAUGCGGGCCAGCCUCAAGCAACUCGGCUGUGUGGUGUUUCUGAGUAUGGAGUGAUAGAAGCACUAAAUGUUACAAUAGGAAACUGUGAUAAAAAUCUAGAGAUUCUGGAGAAGCAGAUAAACGACAUCUCGAACAACUCUCAGAAUAUUUCUUCAGAUGCUCAGGUUUUAACAACAGAUGCCAGUAAACUGACAGCUGAGAACAUCACUUCUGCUACUACAGUGGUUGGACAGAUCUUCAAUAAAACCAGAAAUGCUAAUAGUGAGGCAAAAAAAGUUGCUGUAACCACAGUGAGUCAGAUUUUGGAUGCCAGCGAAGAUGUUUUUCAAAAAGCUGCUGAGAAUGACAAUAGCAACUCCUUUUCCAAUCUCAUUGAGCAAAUGGAGAAUUACUCCUUUUCUCUGGGUGAUGAAGCAGUGGUGGAACCUAAUGUAGCAAUCCAGUCAGUCAGUCGAAACAGUGAUUCAGGGCCAAGUGUUCUCUUCUCUGUGCAGAAAGGAUCUAGUGAUUCUCUGGUUUCCAGUGAAACAUCUAUUAACAAAACUGCAGAUGAACUCAAGCCAGAUGGACAGACUGAACUUCAGAUCUUACUUAAUACUGGGGGAAAUAAAAACUCCUGUGGUUUUGUGGUGUAUCAAAACCACAAACUUUUCCAAUCCAAAACUUUCACGGCCACGUCAGAUUUCAGUCAAAAAAUUAUCUCCAGCAAAGUAAAUGCCAGUGAACAAGAACAGAAUAACGUUUCUGUGAAAAUGGUAUUUAAUCCCACGUAUGACAAAAGAGAAUUCCAGCUUUACUCCUAUGCCUGUGUCUACUGGAAUAUUUUAAAAAAGGACUGGGACACAGCUGGCUGCCAAAAAAGCGUGAACGCCUCGGGGUUCCUCGGUUGCCAGUGCAACCACACAACCAAUUUCGCUGUGUUGAUGAGUUUUAAAAAGGAUUACAAGUAUCCCAAAUCCCUAGACGUAUUAUCCAACAUUGGCUGUGCCUUGUCCAUUGCUGGUCUGGCUAUAACAAUCUUAUUUCAGAUUCUUACCAGGAAAAUCAGAAAAACCUCAGUAACCUGGGUGUUGGUCAGUUUGUGUAUAUCGAUGUUGAUUUUUAACCUCCUCUUUGUGUUUGGAAUUGAAAACUCCAAUAAGAACCUAAAGACAAGUGAUAGUAAUAUUAAUGCUAACCCUAAUGAAAACAAAAUACCAGAAACAGACACCAUUGAAACCCCGAAUCCCUCAUGCACAGCCAUUGCUGCCUUGCUCCACUACUUUCUGUUGGGGACAUUUACCUGGAAUGGACUCAGUGCCACACAGCUCUACUUCCUUCUGAUAAGGACCAUGAAGCCUCUCCCUAGGCAUUUCAUUGUCAUCAUCUCAUUAGUUGGAUGGGGAGUUCCAGCAAUAAUAGUAGGUGUAACAAUCGGGAUCAUUUAUGCCCUGAGUGGGAACAAGUCAUACUGGGAGUUAGACUAUCGACAAGAGGAAAUCUGCUGGCUGGCCGUUCCCAAGAACAAUGAUUUUGCCAGAAGUCCACUUUUGUGGUCGUUCAUCAUGCCGGUGACCAUUAUCCUCAUCACCAACAUUGCUAUAUUUGUCAUAAUCACAGUCAAAGUGUUGUGGAAGAACAACCAGAAUCUGACAAGCACAAAGAAGGUUUCAUCCUUAAAGAAGGUUCUUAGCACGUUAUCUAUUGCUGUUGUCUUUGGAGUUACCUGGAUCUUUGCCUAUGCUAUGCUAAUUAAUAACGAUGACAUCAGGAUCGUUUUCAGCUACAUAUUCUGUCUUUUCAACACCACUCAGGGAUUACAAAUCUUCAUUCUCUACACUGUUCGAACAAAAGUAUUUCAGAAUGAAGCUUCCAAAAUACUGAAGUCGCUGUCUUCAUCCUUUGACCGAGCGAAGCCAAUGCCUUCAAUGACCCCGCUGAAACUGCGUGUGAGGAUGUAUAAUAUGCUCAGGUCCAUACCAUCCCUAAAUGAGCGAUUUAGGCUACUGGAGCCCUCUGUAGUAACUGAGGAAACAUCACUGUCUUGAAAGUAACCAAGCAAAGCCAAGUGCCGAACGAGACUGUUACCUAUGAUGGUCAUUUCUAUCCAACUCAUAAGAAUUGAUCUAUUUAUGUUAGUCUCUAAGUCUCCCACAAUAUCUUCCUGAAUACAUGUUAAAACUCGCUGUUUAUUAUCAC